AUGGAGUGUUCGAUUUCCGGUAAAAGGGCUGAGCAGCCCGUGGUGUCGCCAAAGAGUGGUGCUGUGUUCGAGAAGACCUUGGUGGAACAGUACAUUGCGGAACACCAUAAGGACCCGAUCACUGACGAUCCCCUUGAGCUGACGGAGCUGAUUGAGAUCCGUCCUUCUUCGUACCAGCCUCCGCGUAACGGGACGCUGAAUUCGAUUCCGUCGUUGCUGAGUGCCUUGCAGAACGAAUGGGACUCUGUAGCGUUGGAGCUGUUCCAGUUGAGGAAGCAGUUGGACCAGACGAGAAAGGAGCUAUCGACUGCUCUAUACCAUCACGAUGCAGCCAUGAGGGUUGCUGCAAAGGCCAUCAGCGAGAGAGACGAGGCCAGAAAGGCGUUGUCGGACCUGAGUACCUCUAUCAGCCAGGCCACCACCACCACUGAUGUUGCAAACGAGGAUGCACAGAUGAGGGAUUCUGAACCAUCCACAACGACCAAGAUCCCUCAAGAGUUUGCUGAUUUGAUUCAGCAAGAGGGCACAAGACUCUUUGAGCUUCACAAAUCUGUUAAAAAGCCCAAAGUUAACGUCUCACUCUCAAACGAGCUGUCCCAUAUAUCAACACAAUCGUUGGAGAAGAAACCGUUCAAAUCUGUCGUUUCCACUGCCGUCACUGAGAGCGACAUCUUUGUGAUGUCAAGCACAGGCCUGGUGCAGAGAUACGACUCUUCUUCAGACUCGUAUGAAAAGGUCAACCAUCCAAAGGUUGCGCACGCUCUUGCACUGGUCGAUAGUAACGGCCAAAUAGUUUACGGUGCCAAAAACGGACACAUAGUUGCUGGUGAUAGAAAGAUCCAGGCUCCAAUGGGAGACGUACAGAUCCUUUUAGCACAUCCAUCGUUACACAACCUGGUGGUUGCGAUUGAUCCAAAGGGCUCGUUCCAUGUGAUUGACACCGAGCGUGGUGUCGAUGUGUUUGCCCUGGAGCUUGAGAAGCCUGUCUUGUCUGCUGCAUUCCACAUAGAUGGUGUGCUGGUCGCAGUUGGAUGUAAAGACGGUGACAUUGUGCUAGUGGAUCUAUCACAGGGAGAUGUCAAGCCUUUGGCUCAAGGCUCUGGAGACGUUAAUGAGGUGAAGUUUAGUAACAACGGUUACCAUCUGUUUGCAGUGUACUCUGGGGAUAACAGCAACAGCAGCAGCUCUCAGCUGGGUGUCUGGGACUUGAGACAUCAAAGCAUACAGACAUACGACGUUUCGUUCCCAGUCAAGAAGGUCCUGGUCGAUAAGUCUGCUCAGUUGUGUAUCAUCAUUGGUUCAGGUCGACUACUAGUGGCUCAGUACUCGAAGAAGGCAAAGAGCUGGACGUUCAAGACCGAUUUGGACGCUCCAAACGCUGUGGACGGUCUCCUGGUGGAGUCACAGGACGAGCAGCUACAAUUGGUCGUCGUAACAUCCAAUUCUUCAUUGGAAAAGAUGGUUAUAAGUUGA